AUGGCUCCCAUUAUAAUUGACAACCUGCCCGGAACAGCUAUUAAAAUCCCGGUGAAGCCAUGGAGCCGGCCAGAGCCAACGAGAGAGGACCUGAAAUGGGCGCCAUUGGCGACAAUUGAUCUGUCACGCUUUGACGAACCCGGAGGUAAACAGCAACUAGCUCAGCAGCUCUAUGACGCAGUUACGAAAAUCGGAUUCUGGGUUGUUGUUAAUACUGGGCUUGACGAUGCGGAUGUCCUUCGACAAUUCAGUAUUGGCAAUGCUUUCUUCAAAGAGCCAUUAGAGGAGAAGCGGUUUUUCCCUUGCAACUUUGCGGAGGGCGAGUAUUUUGGGUACCGGGAGAACGCUGCUUGGAUUGGUGAUACAGGUGUAAAACAAAAUAUCGAGGCGCUCAACAUUCAUAAGGAAAUCCCCGCGUGGUCAAAUCUACCUAAGCAUCGAAUAGUCAAGGAGAAUUGGGAGGAGAUAAGCCAGUUCCAUCGCAAUGUCUGGGAGAAAAUCACGCGCAAGCUCUUUGUUCUGAUUGCAAUCAUUCUGGAACUGCCGGAGAACUAUCUCACUGAAGCUCAUGCCUACGACAAGGUAUCCGAUGACCAGCUCCGAUACAUGCUCUAUAAUGUUAGGACCCAGGAAGAAUGGGAUAAAGCCCUCGGCUACUUUAACAGUGGCCACACCGACUUUGGUAGCGUGAGCCUGCUCUUCUCGCAGAAUGUGGCUGGGCUGCAGAUCCGGACGCCCGAGGGCGAAUGGAAGUAUGUCAAGCCUGUAGAAGGCGGCAUUGUGUGCAAUGCCGGUGAUACUUUGACUUUCCUCACCAAUGGGUUGAUCAAAUCCACAAUACACCGCGUUGUGGCCCCCCCAAAGGACCAGAUACACAUUGCUCGCCUUGGAUUGCUCUACUUCAGCCGACCAGGCGAUGACAUCGCAAUGAGAACAGUGCCAUCUCCUCUCCUGCAACGUCUUGGUCUCCUCACCGAGGAAGACAAGCAAUACAACGGACCGGUGCCCUCGGGAACCGAGUGGGUGCGAGCCCGGGUUAAGGAUGUGCAUAAUAAGAACGUAUGGACUAAGCGCGAGGGCGGUGCCAACUCCUUCCAGUUGAAAGGACUGGAAAUAAAGGUGGAACAUGCCUAG